AUGUCGACGGCGUUCCUCGCGGCCAUCGCUACCACCUUGCACAUGCCGGUCGCUGAUGUGGUUCUGACGCGUGCGCUGCACGCUCUGGGUACCGACUCGCUCACCGUCAUCGAGGUACAGAGCUGGCUCUUUCGCGCCUUGAGCGUCCAGCUAUCGGCCGAUGAGCUGAUGGCUGAUGUACCCUUGUCGCGGGUUGUGGAUAGCGUCUGGGAAAGUGGCGGAGUGGGGCAGAGAGUGGUUUGA